AUGCGAGGUGGUGGUGUCCUUAUUGCUGUAUCAAACCGAUUUGCAUCCAGGCGCAAUUUGUGUACUCAUGACGAACUUGAACAGCUUUGGGUGAAUAUUAACUGUCGGGGCAGCAGCAUUUGCAUUGGCGUCAUAUAUCUUUCUCCCGAUUACUCCAAUGAUUCUUUUACCGUGCAAAAACAUAUAGACUCCGCACUUGAAAUUUCGUGCUCGCUCCAGCCGCAUGCAACUCAUUUGCUCUUUGGAGACUAUAAUCAGCCUGGUAUUACCUGGACACGUACAAGCUCGGGCUAUGCUAUUCCAAACAUUUCCGAGUCAACGUUUUCUGGAACUGCUUCUGCUCUUCUGGAUGGUAUGUCGCUGCUGAAUAUGUUACAGAUGUGCACUGUCACUAACGAUAGGAUUCGAACGUUAGAUCUCUUAUUCGUCAAUGAGGAAUCGGCACCGGAUUGCACUGUCGUUGAAGCUUGUGAGCCUCUACUAGAAAUGGAUUCGCAUCACCCUCCUCUAUUGGUCACUCAAGCAUUUCCGCAACCAGUUGAUUUUGAUGAUACGCCCGAAGAUAGGGAAUUUAAUUUUGUCAAAGCAGAUUUUAUUGCACUAAUGGAUUCGUUACAAGAAAUCAACUGGGAAACGGCACUAAAUCAUGCUAUGGAUGUUAAUCUUGCUGUAGAAAGACUCUCAACUAUUUUACUUCAGCUGUUCAGUCUUCACGUUCCAGCUCCUCGUCCCAGACCGAAACCACCCUGGUCUAAUCAGCGGUUGAAAAAACUAAAACGUUUGAGAGCAAAAGCACUUCGCAGAUACACACAUCAACGGAAUCCCUUAACAAAGCGAGACUUCACCCAGGCCAGUAAUAACUACAGAGCAUAUAACCGUAUCCUUUAUUCACAGCAUAUCCUACGUGUACAGUCAAACCUCAGAAGAAACCCCAAAGGUUUCUGGGCUUUUGUGAAUGAAAAACGUAAGGAAAGCGGACUCCCUUCGCAAAUGGUUUUAGAAGGAGAAAUUGCAAACACUCGCGAUGGCAUCUGCAACCUGUUUGCCAAGCACUUCUCUAGUGCAUUCAACGCAUCCCCUGCUAGCGCUGUACAGGUAGAAAAUGCUCUUCAAAACGUUCCAAACAAUGUAAUGAAUCUAGGCAAUGUUCGAUUCAUCGACGAUGAUAUCAUGCUUGCAAUAAAGAAAUUAAAGUCAUCUAUGAUACCUGGUCCAGACGGAAUUCCUGCCAGUGUAUUUAAAAAAUGUGCUACUGCCCUUUGUGCUCCAUUAAAAUUAAUAUUUAACCAGUCGCUGGCGCAAGGAGUAUUUCCAGAGCGCUGA